CGGCAUCAGCGCCUCAGUGCUCGGCUUGUUAAGGCUACACUAGGAAGAGAAGUGGACGAGAGGUCGUUUUGAAGAAUGGCUCAGGACGUUUCCAGUCCCACGGCGUCUCUUAUUAACGUCCCUCUGCGUUAGACGGUAAGCAAAAUAUCGAUCAGGAAGACCAAAAGACGCCAGAUCGCUGCAUCCUCACUUCAGCUUUCAGUAUAAUCUGCCAGACAUUUCUUGGGAUUGGAUACAACCAAUGAAAAGUUACCUCCCUCUAAUGACACGCUAGCUGACAAAAACGUCCACAACCAGAUUACAUACCAGUAACUCCUGAUAUUCUUUGAAGACCAAGGUGGCGAGAAUGGGCCGUAAGAAGAUCCAGAUCACCCGCAUCGUCGAUGAGCGAAACAGACAGGUGACCUUCACUAAGAGGAAGUUUGGACUGAUGAAGAAGGCGUACGAGCUGAGUGUGCUGUGCGACUGUGAGAUCGCGCUCAUUAUCUUCAACAGCUCCAAUAAGCUCUUUCAGUACGCCAGCACAGACAUGGACAAGGUUUUACUCAAGUACACUGAGUACAAUGAGCCUCACGAGAGCCGGACCAACUCGGACAUCGUGGAGGCCCUUAACAAGAAGGAGCAUCGUGGCUCUGAUAGCCCAGAAGUGGACUCAUGCUCAUAUGUUCUCACCCCACACACAGAGGAGAAAUACCAGAAGAUUAAUGAAGAGUUUGAUAACAUGAUGCGCAAUCAUAAAAUGCCGGCUGUUUUGUCUCAGCAGAGCUUUUCCAUGCCUCUAGCAUUACCAGUCUCCGAGCACGGAGUCCAUUCCUACAACAACAUGGGAGCUUUGGGUGAGGGCGGCAUGCUGUCUCCAUCCUCCAACACGCUGCAGAGAUCUGUACAUGCACGACUCACAGCUGGUGUACACGCUUCUUCAGACCACACGCCCAAUGGUGUGCACUCCUCUUCAUUAGUUAAUGGAUACAUCAGUGCUCAGGGAGAGAACGCCAUGACGAGAGGCCCGACAGCCAAAUCUGCAGCACCCCCUACAGGAAGCCUCACGAGCAUCGGACACAAGCCAGAGCUCCGAGUGCUUGUUCCACCAUCCUGUAAAAUCUCACCAGCUCUGCCAGAGGAAGAGGGAAAUUUGAGGAUGAACACUCCACCAUCCAGCCAAUCACUGAGCACACAGGUGGUAUCCAUGGCAACACCCAGUAUGCACCCUCAGAGUCUGCACUUCCCCAAUAUGACAUCAGCAUACAGCUCAGAUUAUGGCUUAAACAGCUCAGAGCUCAGUAACCUACAUGGCUUCAGCAUACCAGACAGCCUGACUUUGGGUUCAGGGUCACCAUGGCAACAUACUCAAACUUCUCAGGGAGUCUCUCGUUCCUUAUCCCAUGUCUCAGAGCCAUCCUCCAGGUCUCCUCCAGUCAUGGAUAUAAAAGCUGAGCCUGUCUCUCCUCCGAUGGCUUUCCUCUCCGCCCCACCCUCCUCCUCUCUCCACUCUCCAGUUGAAAGCCUCGCCUCGUCCUGCAGCUCGUAUGAGGGGAGCGAGCGCGAGGAGCAGCGUAGAGACACCCAUCCCUCUGUGCCCACCCCAGGCCAGGGCAGCGGGCCAUCAGAGGGCAUCAGGGGUCCAUCACUGAAACGGCUACGCACGGAGAGCUGGGUGACAUAGCACUCGAUAUGAAUAGGCUGUCCGACCUGGUCACUAUUUAUUGCAAAUAACGGUAUUGCCAUUGUCCCUUUUAAGUGUAUGUAGCAAGAACUAUGGGGACAUACAGUAGGACACAAGAAGGAAGGGUGUGUCCUGAAGGAAUAAUAUUUUUACAGGGUUGUACAGGGAUGACAAAUGGUCAAGUCAUACCUUUUUAUCAGCAGAAAAUCAAAUUAAUGAAAAAGCUGUAGGACUAUUUUUUUUUUUUUUUUUAAAUCAGGGACUGAAGUUAAACUUUUAAUGAUGUUUGUAGUAAGACAUCAAGCUGAAAGAGUUUGAUAUUUGUAAAUGUUUUUACAAUUUUAUUUUAAUUGUCUUUAUAGGUCUUCAAACAAGCAUGAACUUGAGCCAAUAAUUGCCUGCUUUUAAAAUAUGCUCUAUAGUGCUCUGGGCCUAGAUUAUUUGCAAGGAAGUGUGUUUUCAUUCUUUUUUUUUCAUGCUAGCAUAUGCAAACAAACAUGAGCAUUGUUACAAUCCAUUGUUCUUUGGACUUUAUAAUGAAUAAGCUGUAAGUGCAUGCUGUAAUCAUAUUUUAGUGCAGGGGAUUUAAACUCAGUAUCCAGUUACUAUGCCCUUGAGGUUCAAGUGCAAUAAAGGGUUAGGAGCACCUUUGUUCUGUGAUCACUUCUGUCAUCGGUGAUGCCAUAAGCUGUGCUGAACGUAUCAAUUUUGCACUCUGGAGGAAGUGCAGACUCAUGUGCACAGAAGGAAUAACUAAGCAUUAGACACAAUUCUAUCGCUAAUUCAGUGUCAUUAUAUUCUCAAAUGCUUAUACAUACUGUAUAUAGCACCAGCUGUAUCCAUAAAUGUUUUUCUCUUCAUCAUUUGGACAGAUGUUCAGUUUCCAUCGGUGUGGCGAAAGUUUGUGGAAAAGACUCGUACUGUAGAUGGAGCACAUAAAUAAGUGCACUCGUAAAUCACAAAAUAAGCAAAGGGACAUCAUGUUACCUUGUGGGCUUCAUGGAAACACACACAAACAGGGACCAAAAGACCUCAAGUGUGACAUUUGUGACAGAGAUCUGUAUAGGAAAAGUUCAUCUCAAGUCAGUUACCUUUUCAGAAAAGCCACCGUCCAGCUUGAAAUCUGCUCUCUGGAGUGUUUCAGUAUCCAGACAUUCAUCAUGUGAACAAAACUUUUUGGACUCCCAACCAUCACACACACGUGUUUGUUCAGCAUCUCAUUCUAGAUAUACUGUAGUCCCGCUUUGCUGAUAUAAUAACCUUUGAUACUUCAGGUGUCCACAAACCUACAGCCAUGUGUAGAAGUGUAACUUCUUCUCUGCUUUCUGGUCAUCACAUCAGGUUUUUCAAUGUUGGAAAUUAUUUAUUUGCAUUAUUUACUGUUAAGCCUCCUUUUAAUCAAACACAUCAUGGACAUUAAGUAAUCGUUGUCUGAGGCUCUAUUUAUUAAUUAGACAAUGUAUUUGCUAUACUGUUUAUAGAGUGAUGUAUAUAAUGUACAAAUCCAUAAUAUGAGGUAGCUGAUUAUGAUCCAUUUAAAGAAAUAUAUCAUUUAAACCA